AUGACCUGCAUCUAUUCCUGGCUUCAAUUCGACGACGAUAAGCUGGAAAAAACCCUUAGUCAUGCACCUGUGGACAUGCAUAAAGCCUCUUUUAAUCAAGGCGGAAAUGUCUUUGCCCUCAAAGAUGAGGAACCAACUUUGAGAGAACUGCAUCGUAAAUGGAAGGGACACUCCUACUGCAUAUUUCAAGACAACAGCGGAUACUGCUUAAAAGUAAUUGAAGGGUCAUUCACAUGCAUUCAAGAACCGCCUGGAGAUAUAUUAGUCGUUACAGGAAAUAGGCAAACCCUAGGCUCGUUCCCAUCCCUCUUCACUUUAUAA